AUGAAAUCAAGAAAAGCUCCAGGAAGUGAUGAAGUGAAAGCUGAUAUUCUAAAAGCUGGUGGUGAGCCAGUGAUAAAAUGGCUGCACGAAAUGUUCACCGAUAUGUGGGAGAAUGAACAGGUGGUGAAGGAAUGGAGUUCAGCCACUCUAAUCAGGCUAUAUAAGAACAAAGGAGACAAAAAACUAUGUGACAAUUACAGAGGUAUCUCGUUACUGAGUGUAACUGGCAAAAUAUUCUCACGUAUCAUUCUCAACCGUAUUCAAAAUUCGGUUGAUGAACGACUAUUAGAAAUACAAUCUGGUUUUCGAUCGAACAAAGAUUUAAAAAAUUGA